AUGACUACUGUUGUCGCGCACCUCCUGAAUUGGGGCUCGUAAACUUCACAUCCAUCAACCGUCAUUCAUUCACAACUGUCAAUCUGCCCGAGGAAGAGUGUCCAACAAGUCGAUCGGGUUGGCGAAAAUUCAUUGGACGUUAGCCGAGACUUGACAUGUCUGCCAACUCUGGAAAUAGCGGAGUCAGAAACCUUCGUGCUAUGUUCGAGAACAAAGCCAGUGACCAAUCUACCUCUCCCCCGAGUCGAGGCCGUUCGCCAAAUCCUUCAGAGAUAUCCAACAGCAGCAGACCAGUCAGCAAAGUGCGGGCGAGCUUUGUUGCAGUGGAGAGACCAGGCGAGAACGGGGGCGCAUCAAUAUUAGGUCUUCGAAGGACGAGUGAAGUCAGCAACCAACGAGACGAGAACAAAGAGAACUUGAUGGCGGACACUGCACCUACAGGCAAAGUGCCUGCCACAGGUGAAAGGGCACCUACGGAAGAUAUGUCCAAGCCUGAGAAGAAUGAUCACACACAGAAUGGAACUAUGGAAACUGGACUGGGCGACAUCUUAAAGGGCUCUGCUUUUGCUGACAGCACACCCAAAGCUACUCCAGAGGCUGCAAACUCGGGUCAAGCUUCGACGCCUGGCCAAAUACAACCGAAAACUGCUAAGGUGCCGGCAGCACCCAAGGACGAGACAAAAGCUGCCGAAACGGCCGAGAAAAAGCAAGCAACCAACGGCUCAAAAACAGGACCUGCUCCCACCACACAACCCCAGACCACAAAGACUGCAGAGCCUGCUAGGCCCGCCCGUACGAGACAAAUCAACACAAAUGCUUCCCCUCGGUCCCCCGUCGCCUCAAAGUCAUCUCCGAAAACACCGACAUCCCCGGUCGCCCAUAUAAGAGGAGGUCCGGCCAAGAUCAAAGGAGUUAUGGAGUCUGCGAAACGGGCGCAAGAAGCAAGAGUUCUCGCGAAACAGAAUGCGGAAAAGGAGAGCAAACCUCAAUCUACUGCGUCCAAGACGAACACCCAAUCUGAGCCAAAACAGUCGUGGAAUGCGGUCAAGAAAGAACAAGCCCCUGCUUCACCAAAAGCUGUCAAAUCAGCCAAGGCCGUUGAGCCCAAAUCACCAGCAAAACCCACGAAGCUUCCUGCAGCAGCUACAGCCCCAACAGCAGCAUCAGCGGCCAGACAAGAGACACAUAAGUCUCCUACGGAAGCUGAACAUCGCAAACCGGCGGCAAAGAGACCGUCCACAGUGUCGACAAGACCUCCCAGGGCCAGUACGGCUUCUACAACGUCGAUGCUGGCAAAAAAAACAUCGCGCGCGUCUCUGACCAACGGGCAUGAUCGACCCAAGUCUCGAGUCAGCACCUACAAGCCCGACGAAGGUUUUUUGGCACGGAUGAUGCGACCUACGACAAGCAGUGCACAGAAAAUGCAUGACAAGGUCCCGGUCAUUAGCCCUCCACGCCAAAGAGCCCAUUCUGCGAGCAAACCCAAAGAGGCUUCGAAAGUGAAACCACCACCAAAGAUGCAUCUAGAACCACCUAAGGAUGCCGGAGAAGAGAUGAAGGAGGACGAGGACGACCAUAGCAUAUUACCCGAAGUUGCUGUGCCUUCACCUCUUCAGGUGGUCAAGGAGGACCCGAUGGCUUCACAUACCCCCCAAGACAAUAACAGAAGCGACGCCACCUGCACCUCCCGAGCCGGUUGAAGCAGCUGAUGCUUCAAAGUCCGAGGCUUGAUCAGCUGUCUACCAUUUUCUGGAUCCCAUUUAUUACCGAUCCUGUUACUGCCUCAUCCUAGCGAUUUAGCGAGUUCUAUUCGACACAAAAUUGUUUAGCCAGGCAUUUGACGUGUCCAAUUGAUAUU